GACUCAUCGCUUUUUACACACCACACCACCGCGGCGUUAAAGCUGAUUUCCAGCAUCUCUUGUCACAUUAUGAUAAUACGCUUUUUGGUGCUACUCUGAGCUUUCUCCGAUCGAUAAUCACUUUUCCCGUCCUUCCAUCGCGCGUAAAAGCUAUUCGGUGCGCCAUGAGGCAACAUACCCGCUAAAAGAAGUCAAUUUUUUCCCUGAUUUUGAAACAAAACAUCAAGAUGGAAAACUUUACAACCGCUCCAGAGAUAAACCACACUUUGGCGGUUUGGAUAGACAACAGCCUACAAUACAAAGUGAUAAGCAGUUUGCUGCUUUUCGUGAUUUGCGUUUUAGGAGUCGUUGGCAACGUUAUGGUCAUCCUGGUGGUGCUCACUACCAAACACAUGAGGACUCCCACCAACUGCUACCUGGUGAGUUUGGCGGUAGCUGACCUGAUGGUGCUGUGCGCUGCUGGCUUACCCACAAUCACAGAGAGCAUCUUUGGAUCCUGGGUGUUUGGACACUACGGGUGCCUCUGCAUCACCUACUUUCAGUACCUUGGGAUCAACGCCUCGUCCUGCUCCAUAACAGCGUUCACUAUAGAGAGGUACAUCGCUAUCUGCCAUCCCAUUAAAGCGCAGUUCCUGUGCACCCUCUCCAGAGCCAAAAAGAUUAUUCUGUGCGUCUGGGCUUCCACUUCCCUGUACUGCAUGAUGUGGUUCUACCUGUCAGACAUCCAGGAGGAGGUGUACGACAACAUCACCAUCGUCACGUGCGGCUACAGAGUCCCCAGGAAGUUUUACCUGCCCAUCUACUUCUUUGAUUUCGGAGUUUUCUUCGUGGUCCCGCUGAUGCUCUCCGCGGUGUUGUACGGACUCAUCGCCAGGAUCCUCUUCAUCAACCCGCUGCCCUCCGACCCCAAAGACAAGAAGAAGAACGGACAUAACCACAGCAACACCAAGAGGACCAGCUGCAAGAACUCCCGCCACUCCAGCUCCACAGCCUCCUCCCGCAGACAGGUGACCAAGAUGCUGGCUGUGGUGGUGUUCCUGUUUGCCACGCUCUGGAUGCCGUACCGCACUCUGGUGGUGGUCAACUCCUUCCUGGACCGGGCCUACCUGGACAGCUGGUUCCUGCUUUUCUGCCGAAUCUGCAUCUACCUCAACAGCGCCAUCAACCCGGUCAUCUACAACGCCAUGUCUCAGAAGUUUCGCGCCGCUUUCCGCAAGAUCUGCGGCUGCGGGAGGAAAGGCUCGGAUAAACCCGCUGCUUACAGUGUGGCCCUUACUUACAGCGUGGCCAAAGAGACAUCCAUGGUGGAGAGCACCGACCCCUUCACUACGGAACUAGAGGAGCUCACAGCCACUGACGAUCUGCUGUCUGAACAGAAGAUGAUGUUUCUUGACCCCGACGUGUACGGGAAGGAGAAUUUUAGCGACGCGUGAGCUUCGUUUGCGAAGGGUCAACCGAGGAUUUAAGAGUUUGAAUAUGUUGACUAAUGUAGUCCGUUAAGAGAGAAUAUGGUUUCCUGAGUGCCUGCUGACCUUUACAUAGCCAGAGAUGUAAACACAGAUUACAGCUGCUGAUGCGUAAUGACAGUGUUUGAGGCACAAAGCCGAGAAUGAUCCCAGACAUCAGGAAGCAGCAAACACGGACAGAUAAGCACCCUUUCAUUGCACAGCUGUUAUCUUAUCCUGGACCUACCCAAGUCAUCAACUGAGUAUCAGUCAACAAAACACAAAUGUGAACCAGCAUGCUCACUUGAGAUGUGCGGCAUACAGAACUCCAAUACCCAGAAAUCCUGCAAACGGACACGUUUACCAACAUAGCCACUCGGUGAUGCUCGUAUGAAAGGAAAGGUACCAAAGAGAUGACAGAAGCGAAAAGAAAAAAAACGGAGAAUUGUCAAGAGUUGAAUUGCCUCUCCAUGUCACGAUUUACCAUUAUCGUAGAGUGAAUUGACUGCACUGUUCAUGCUGAAUAUCAUGAUGGGUGUUUUUCCUCAGUUUCAGACAGAUUUGGGGCGUUUAGACCGAGGAAGAGAAUACCAUUUCACACCAAUAAAACACCUCAACCAGCGCAGCUUUAAUAACUGUAUGCCCCCUGAUGUUUUCAGGGCAGGCAGCCCAUUAAAGGGUGAGUCAUGCCUGAACCCUCAUGGACAGAACUGGCUCUAUUAUUAUUCUGAAGGACUGCGUGCGCGGCCUCGAAGCAGGAUGAGAAAAGAGUUCGUUCAGGAGGGCAGGUUCAGUCUUUAUAUAAAGAGAUGCUUUGUUGAGAUUUUCUUCUGUAAAGCGUUCACUGAUAGAGUAGGGAGACAAGUACAUAGAGUGCUUUGUAAAUUAAAUGCAAAAAGUGCCAUAAUAAAGUUUAUUAUGUGUUGUUUCCACAGUAACAUCCUGUUUCUAAGGAAUAGUUUAUAAUGGGUUGAUACCUUUUCCCUAUUGACAUCAUUUGUAGGUUUAAAAAAAGCCAAUAUUUUAUAAUGCUUUAGACAAUAAUCACAAUAAGACAAAUGUAAGAACAACCUUUAGUUGCUCUUUAUAAUUCAGAAUAAAUAGAUUUGCCUUAUUGUUAUUGUCUAUUAGACUGGAAAUACAAUAUUGUAGGUUUAAGGAAAUAUGUGCCAAUGUCGGAAUUUAUUUCAAACAAAAAUGGCAGAACUGUCGGUGAGAAGGAUAAACAGGAAGUUACCCAUUUCUAGCAGUAGUUACAAGUCUCUUUAAAGUGGUUAGAGCAAAAUUACUGCGCCAUCCAAAAAGAACAUUGAAUAUACAAGUGGACCCUCCAUUGGAUAGAGAAAGGGCGCAAUAUGGACACCAAAAUCUAUUAAUGAAUCUAUAUUUACAACUAGUCAAUGGCCUUGUGUGGAAAUAUGCACCUGAAACCACAACCACCAGUGAGGUGAGAAAGGUGAAACCACAAAAAAAGACAACUCAAGUAACUUCUUUAACCUUCAAAAAACAAACAAACACUAGAACCAGAUAACUUUUAGCAUCUCCAACUUGUUUCGGUAGCACUGUCACAAAGAUCGUUUUCCUAAGAACUAUCAACAAGGCAGGACGUGUGCCAAAACAAACAGCCCAACAGGGUCUUUGAUAACGCAAUAUCUGUCCAUUGAUUUUCAUUUAAACAAAAAGACAACCGUUAGCAACCUGGCUACAGUAAAACCACCUAUAGUAUUAGUACCUACGCAGGUUACUUACAGACCUAGCUAAGUGGAAAGAACAUUUUUCCCCACCUUUUUUCUGCCUUACCCUGGUAAAAUUACCCUGGUUGUUGAUCUAGCACUUUUAUUAUGAAAGGGAGUUCCUGACCUGGCGGCAGAAAGAAUUGCAAAGCAAAAGCACAUUUGAAAGGAAACCAAUCUAAAAUCAGAUGGUGUCAUUGUUCUACAACCAUAACAUUGUGCCAUCAACAUUGACUUCAUAAUGAUAAGUUAGAGGAACUUUUGCCACUCUGGUGAAUGUAUUUAUUCAUAGUUAGUACUUUUUUUCUUCAGCUUUCUAAAGGUCUACAGUGAUACAUUUUAAUAAAUGCCACUCUUGGUUAUAAGGCAAGGCAAGUUUAUUUAUAUAGCACCUUUCAACACAAGGUCAUUCAAAGAGCUUUACAAACAUGAAAGACAUUAAGACCGUUAAAAAUGAGUGCAGCAUAAACACAUUAUAGAGGGCAUUUAAAAACAGUCAUUUAAGAGCAAAGAUACUGAAAUAAACAGGUAUCAAAUACAUGAGUAAAAGUCACAGUGCAAUGUUUGAUCAGAACAGUUCAAUUAAAAGCAGCGGCAAAAAGAAAUGUUUUCAGCCUGGAUUUAAAAGUAGUAAGAGUUGCAGCGGCCCUGCAGGGUUCUGGGAGUUUGUUCCAGAUAUUUGGAGCAUAAUAACUGAACGCUGCUUCUCUUUGUUUAGUUCUAAGUCUGGGGACAGAAAGUUGACCCGUUCCAGAAGACCUGAGAGUUCUGGAUGUAAUUUUGGGCCUAACCCAUUCAAUGCUUUAUAAACCAGCAGCAGAACUAUGAAAUCAAUUCUCUGACAGACAGGAAGCCAGUGUAAAGAAUUCAGAACUGGAGUGAUGUGAUCCACUCUCUCAGUGUAAAGACUUCAGAACUGGAGUGAUGUGAUCCACUCUCUCAGUGUAAAGUCUUCAGAACUGGACUGAUGUGAUCCACUCUCUUAGUGUAAAGACUUCAGAACUGGAGUGAUGUGAUCCACUCUCUCAGUGUAAAGACUUCAGAACUGGACUGAUGUGAUCCACUCUCUUAGUGUAAAGACCUCAGAACUGGACUGAUGUGAUCCACUCUCUUAGUGUAAAGACCUCAGAACUGGAGUGACGUGAUCCACUCUCUCAGUGUAAAGACCUCAGGACUGGAGUGAUGUGAUCCACUCUCUUAGUGUAAAGACCUCAGAACUGGAGUGAUGUGAUCCACUCUCUCAGUGUAAAGACUUCAGGACUGGAGCGAUGUGAUCCACUCUCUUAGUGUUAGUGAGGACCCAGCAGCAGCGUUCUGAAUCAGCUGCAGCUUUCUAAUGGAUGUCUUAGUGAGACCUGCAAAGACACCGUUACAGUAGUCCAGUCUACUGAAGAUAAAAGCAUGGACAAGUUUUUCUAGAUCCUGCUGUGACAUUAGUCCUUCAAUCCUAGAUAUGUUCUUCUGGUGAUAGUAGGCGGACUUAGUGAUUGUUUUAAUGUGACUGUUGAAAUUCAGAGUGCAGGACUACACCUAGGUUUCUGGCGUUAGCUGUUGUUUUGAACAUUACUGAUUGAAGCUCAGCACUGACUUUUUGUCGUUCCUCCUUUGUUCCAAAAACAAUUACCUCGGUUUUCUCUUUGUUUAAUUGGAGAAAGUUCUGACUCAUCCAGUCAUUGAUUUGUUCAAUGCACUUACUCAGUGUUUGAAUUGGAGCAUAGUCUCCUGGUGAAAUGGUAAUGUAAAUGUGUGUAUCAUCUGCAUAGCUAUGGUAACUUCUUUACUUUUCAUUAUCUGAGCCAGUGGAAGCAUUUAGAUGUUAAAGAGAAGAGGCCCCAAGAUGGAUCCUUGAGGAACCCCACAUGUCAUAUUGGUCAGCUCUGAUGUGUAGCUGCCUAUAGAGACAAGUGUUUCCUGUCCUUUAAGUAAGAUUCAAACCAAUUCAGAACUGUUGCUGAAAGUCCCAACCAGUUUUCUAGUCAGUCUAGCAAUAUUUUGCGGUCAACAGUGUGAAAUGCAGUGCUGAGAUCUAAUAAUACUAACACUGAGACUCUGCCACUGUCUGUGUUUAAGUGGAUGUCAUUGAAGACCUUAACAAGAGCAGUCUCAGUGCUGUGGUGCGGUCGAAAGCCUGACUGGAACACAUCGAAACAGUUAUUUGCAUCCAAGAAUUUACUCAGUUUUUAAAAACUACUUUUUCAAUGAUUUUAACUAGAAAUGGGAGGAUUGAUAUGGGCCUGUAAUUAUUCAUUGCUGAAGCAUCCAAAUUAUUCUUUUUUAAGAGCAGUUUAAUGACUGCAGUUUUCAGGGCCUGUGGAAAUACACUGAGUGAAGAGACCUGUUUACUAUAUGAAGUAGCUCUGAGGACAUGCUAUGAAAAACAUUUUAGAAAAGCUUGUAGGUAUAAUAUCAAGGCAGCAGGAGGAGGACUUCAGAUGUAGAAUAAUGUCCUCUAGGUCUUUAUCAUUAAUCUGAUGGAAUUGUGUCAUGGUGUUUGAAUUGAUUUUAAGUGGACACAAGAACAACACAUUUGCUGUACCUGAUACAGAAACACUAAUUACAAAAACAUUUAGAUAAGCCUUAUUCAAUGGUGGUACCUCCUUGUGUGGUCUACGAUUCUCUCAAAUUAAAUAACAUUUUAAAGUUUACUUGGGCAGUGGUGCAACCUCAUUGCUUCACCAAGUAAAAUAAUGUAUAUAGAGUGACAGAUAAAGAACAUGUUAAUAUGUUUCAGCUGCUCAACAUAAGCUCCAUCAAAGUGUUCACAUUGAAGCAAAGUGAAGUGAAGUGGACCGUGCUUUGUGUCAUGUGUACUGUGGAUUUAACAAACUGUCGCUUUCCUGUUUGGCUCUGUAGUUGUGACAACCCACAGUGAACAUGGCUGAAUGGAUGUGAUGCUGUUGCGUGUGUGGAAUAUAAUUGGGCUGCAGACACGGCAGAGGAAGACGAAGCUCUCACUGUGAAACCGGCUUCAUUCACCGCUGUAUGUGAAAUAUGUCAGAUGAAUACUGCAUCUUGUGUUUAAUGACUGUACCAAUACUGUAAAUGCCUUUGAGUAUGAGUAGAUUCAUUAAUAUUUGUGUGUUGCCUUUGUAUUUAAAUAGUUAUUUAUGGUAAUCUGUAUAUUUUUCUGCAACUCUAUAUUUUGUUAUUGCCCAUCAGAAUUAUACAUAAUAUGUUGUGAUGCUGAAUUUGGAAGCUUCUGCCUUGGGCUUGCUUUUUUAGAGAACUGUGAUCCAGUGUAUGUUUGAUGGUUAUAUAGAAAUUGCAAAUGUUAUAUUUAUGUUCCAAAUAAAGUUGAU